GUGAAACCUUCGCGACCUUUCGCUUUAUCGUUGCUAUCCUUGACCAGCCUCAUCCCACGGCACUCUCGUUCUAGCUAACCCGCCAGAUUAUAACUCUAUCAUGCACGGCGACGAUAUAUUGGACGACGUCUCCAUCGCAGCCGAAGCAGACGGCGCCAUCCGCACUUUGACGGGUGGUAGCAAGACCAAGGCAUCCCCCUCCGCCGACGUCGUUGGCAGGUGGAGUAGCAGCGGGCUUAACCGCCCGAGCACCGCCCCCCCCAAGCGAUUUCAACCGCCUAGUGCUGUGGGUACGCAUUGCCUUGACGGUCAACUUCAGAAUCCUUCAACAAGACUCCACCUCAACACGUCACACUCGCGACCCGCCAGCGCCAAGCCUCGUCCUACAGCAACACCAGGAGGUGUGAUUCACGGCACUCAUGCAGUCACAACGACCUCCAAACAAGGUCAAGACACGUUUCGGCCGAUAUCUGCGCCAUCCAAUCGCAACCUGUCCGUGUCCAAAGUGUACUUGAAGAAAGCGGCCAACGACAAGCGCGCUCGCGAACGCGACUUUGCUACGGAAUUGUUUCAAGAAAAAGCAGACUAUGAGCGGAAAAUCGCCCUGAAAAUCGGCCAAGCCAACAAACUCAUGCGACGCCACAACAUUCCAAAGGUGUAUUCACAAACCAAGAACCGAGACAACUUCAUUCUAGUCAAAGUCGUCGAAGGCCACCACGAGCGCGUCAUGAGCGCCGACGUGUUUUAUAUCCUUUUUGUCCGCGACUACUCCUGUAGUCGACCCAUUCAUGUGUCUUCCGUUUCUUUAACUGCAAUCUCUUGAAUGUGCACUGCGCGAAUUCGACAAAGUUGCCACCGAGUUGGUCAGUCAGCGAGAAACUGGCGGUGACACGCACAUCUCGGACAACAACAACUACCCAUCGACAGCCAGCGCAAAACCAGCCAAGGCGCGCAUGCACUCCAAGAAAGAUAUCCAGGACGGACUGCGCCUCGUGCUCAAAGGCACGAUUGAACUCACGGCGAUCCUCGAAGAGCAACUGUUUGAGCUGCAGCGCAAGGGCUGGAACACGACCAACCAGUACGCCGGUCGUAAUUCAAACAUACAAUAAGCACAAACAUCUACUUUUUCUGUCGUCCA